CUCUCUCUCUCUGUAUCUCUCUCUCUCUCUCUCUGUUUUUGGUGCACUUUUCUGGGAGCUGGAGUUGGAUCAGACCCCCGGGAGCUCCUCUACAGCAGCUCUAAAGCAGCAGCAGCAGCAGCAGCUCCGCUCCGGAACCCCCUCUGAAGGAGAGGCUAAAGGCUAAGUGAAAGGCUGAGUCUCCGCCGAGCUCCUGCCCCCCGCCCGCCCGCCCGCCUGAAGCAGCCUGUCCGCCGGGGUGCUCCGCACUUCCAGCACGCUAUGAACCGGUCCGCCCUCACUCUGCUCCUCGGGGGUCUCCGCGAUUAGGAGUGUUAGUGAAUAAACUCGCACCUGAAGCCGUUUGUUUCUGAAGAUGAGGAGUGUGAAGGCGGUUUCUGCGCACUUGCGCUGUGGGAUUGUCUUCUUCCUGUGGAUUAUACAGAGCACGACGGUGGUCGACGUGGUCGGGACACACCAGGGCAUCCCUCUGUCAGAUGUUAAGCUGUGGGCUUCAGCAUUUGGGGGAGAGAUGAAGUCUAUAGCAGCUAAGUACUCUGGAUCUCAGCUCUUACAGAAGAAAUACAAAGAGUAUGAACACUCAGUAAGAGUUGAAGAAAUCGAUGGACUCAAGCUAGUGGAAAGACUCGCAAAAAACAUGGAGGAGAUGUUUCAUAAAAAAGCAGAGGCAAUGAAGCGUUUGGUAGAGGCAGCAGAAGAGGCCCACCUGCAGCAUGAAGAAGACCCCAACCUGCAGUAUGAAUAUUUCAAUGCUGUGCUCAUAAACGAGCUGGAUGACGUCGGGAACAACGUAGAGCUUGGAGGAGAGUUCAUCCUGCAGCCCAAUGACCAUUUCAACAACCUGUCUGUUAACCUGAGCCUCAGCGUGGUGCAGGUCCCAACCAACAUGUACAACAAAGACUCAGCUAUAGUGAAUGGAGUGUACUGGUCAGAAGCUCUGAAUAAGGUCUUUGUGGAUAAUUUCGAGAGAGACCCGUCCCUCAUCUGGCAGUACUUUGGCAGUGCUAAGGGCUUCUUCAGACAGUAUCCAGGUAUAAAGUGGACGCCAGAUGAACAUGGUGUAAUAGCGUUUGACUGUCGAAAUCGAAAAUGGUACAUACAAGCAGCUACAUCUCCAAAAGACGUGGUGAUUCUAGUGGACGUUAGCGGAAGCAUGAAAGGCCUCAGACUAACCAUCGCUAAACAGACAGUCUCUUCCAUAUUAGACACACUGGGAGAUGAUGACUUCUUUAAUAUUAUUGCUUACAACGAGGAGCUUCAUUACGUGGAGCCGUGCCUCAAUGGGACUCUGGUGCAAGCUGACGUCACCAACAAAGAUCAUUUCCGCGAACACCUCGACAAGUUGUUUGCUAAAGGUAUCGGGAUGCUGGAUGUGGCUCUAACUGAAGCCUUUGAGCUGCUCACUGACUUUAAUCAAACAGGUCGUGGCAGUGUGUGCAGUCAAGCCAUCAUGCUAGUGACGGACGGAGCUGUGGACACGUACGACACUGUAUUCGCCAAAUACAACUGGCCGGACAGAAAGGUCCGUAUAUUCCCUUACCUGAUUGGGCGGGAGUCUGCCUUCGCUGAUAAUCUGAAAUGGAUGGCCUGCGCUAACAAAGGUUAUUUUACCCAGAUCUCCACCCUGGCAGAUGUACAGGAGAAUGUGAUGGAGUAUUUGCACGUGCUCAGUAGACCGAAGGUGAUCGAUCAAGAACACGAUGUAGUUUGGACCGAGGCCUACAUUGAUAACACACUUCCACAGGCUCAGAAGCAGAUGGAGGAUAACCAGGGGCCUGGAUUGAUGACCACAGUGGCCAUGCCUGUGUUCAGCACAAAGAAUGAGACAAAGAAUAAGGGCAUUCUGCUGGGAGUGGUGGGCACAGAUGUCCCUGUGUCAGAACUCUUAAAAACCAUACCCAAGUACAAGUUGGGCAUCCAUGGCUAUGCAUUUGCUAUCACCAACAAUGGCUACAUCUUGACUCAUCCGGACCUGCGGCCUCUGUAUGAAGAAGGGAAGAAGAGGAGGAAGCCGAACUACAGCAGUGUGGAUUUAUCUGAGGUUGAAUGGGAGGACAAGGAUGAUGUGCUGCGUAAUGCUAUGGUGAACAGAAAGACGGGAACCUUCUCUAUGGAGGUGAAGAAGACCGUUGAUAAAGGGAAGCGUGUUCUGGUUCUGCAUAAUGACUACUACUAUACAGACAUCAGAGGAACUCCUUUCAGCUUAGGUGUGGCCUUGUCGCGGGGACACGGUAAAUAUUUCUUCAGGGGGAGCGUCGCUGUGGAAGACGGACUUCAUGACUUGGAGCAUCCAGAUGUGGCACUGGCAGAUGAAUGGACAUACUGUAACACAGGCGAGCACCCUGAACAUCGAUACUUAUCUCAGAUCCAGGCCAUUAAACUUUACCUCGACGGAGAAGAACCUCACCUCAAGUGUGAUAAAGAGCUGAUUCAGGAGGUUCUGUUUGAUGCUGUGGUGACUGCUCCAAUAGAAGCUUACUGGACCAGCCUGGCUCUCAACAAAUCAGAAAACUCAGAUAAAGGUGUGGAAAUAGCUUACCUCGGCACUCGGACUGGCCUGUCUCGAAUCAACUUGUUUGUGGUGCCAGACCAACUAAGCAGUCAAGACUUCCUGACGGCGGAGGAUAAAGAGGGUGUGUUCAACGCUGAUCAUUUCCCCCUGUGGUACAAAAGAGCGGCAGAGCAAGUGCCGGGAACCUUCGUCUACUCCCUGCCGUUCAAUACAGGUUCGGAGAAUAAGAGUGUGGUUCUGGCCAGCACUGCUAUUCAGCUGCUAGAUGAGAGAAAGUCGCCCAUCGCUGCAGCUGUGGGAAUCCAGAUGAAGCUGGAGUUCUUCCAGAGAAAGUUCUGGACCGCCAGCAGACAGUGUCCUGCUCUGGAUGGGAAGUGUUCCAUCAGCUGUGACAAUGAUGACAUCAACUGCUACCUCAUAGACAACAAUGGUUUUAUCCUAGUAGCUGAAGACUCCUCUUUGACGGGUGUAUUCUUUGGAGAGGCAGAAGGGGCUGUCAUGAGUCGAUUACUAGCAAUGGGUUCUUUUAAGAGGGUGACUCUGUAUGACUAUCAGGCCAUCUGCAGGAUUUACGCAGAGAGCAGCGACGGCUCAAGCAGGCUGUUAGACCCGUACUUCGCCUUCUACGCAACCGUCAAGUGGCUGCUGACCGAGCUUGUCAUAUUUUUGCUGGAGUUUAAUCUGUACGGCUGGUGGUACUCUGACUUCACUGUUAAGGCCCACAGAAAUGGUCGGACGAUGCUGGUUCCGUGUGAUACUGAAUAUCCAGCCUUCAUCUCAGAGAGAACCAUAAAGGAGACCACAGGGAACAUAGACUGUGAUGACUGCAUCAAGUCGUUCGUCAUUCAACAAAUCCCCAGCAGUAACCUCUUCAUGGUGGUGGUGGACAACAAGUGUGAAUGCAGGGAUUUUGGACCAAUCACUAUGGACCCCAUCGAAAUCAUGUAUAAUGAAUCUCUGAAAUGCGAGCGCUUGAAGCUGCAGAAAGACAGGAGGCGUCCAGAAACAUGCCAUCCCUUCCAUCCUGAGGAAAACUCUAUGGAGUGUGGACGCGCGUCGUGUCUGACGCCGUCCGUUACUGCGACGUUCUUCGCUCUGUUAGUUGCACUUUUCCCCAGGUGACGAGAACUGGCUCCGCCUCCAAACCACCGGCUCAGCUCGGCCUCGCUCGACUUGGCUCGGCAUGCAAAAGCGAUGAAAAAAUCAACAACCCCUGACACUGAGCAAAGUAAGUUAACAUAAGCGAUUAAUAAAAAUCACCGGGAAACUGGCACAGCCCCGCGGAGACGUGGGAAUCACUUCUUCUUUUCCCUUUUUUUCCUUUUUUAUCUUCUUUUUUUUGUAGACAUUUUACAUGGACAUUCAUGAAAAAAGAACAUUUAAAUGAAUAAUGAAUAUGAUAAUUAUGACUGGAGUAUUACUGCUGUGUUUGUUCAUUGUGAGUUCCAGAAAGAUGAAUCAAUAAACAAAUAAAAUAAAAUCAAUAAGUGAAAUAUUUAAGAAUUAUAGAUAUAUAGCUUCAUAUUAUACAUAAAUACAUUUAAGAAAAGAUAAGGUUUAAUUUAUCAUUUGCAAGUGGUAACCAUACAACUGUGAUAAUGGACUUUUAAGUCUACAAAUGUGAGUGGUUGUUGUGUAUGAGCUUUGCCUUAUUAAUGAGAGAUAUUAGUCCUGUUUGUGUACUUUUUUGAAAUAAAAUGAUCCU